AUGGGGACAGCUCUCGCGCUUGUGGGCGGUCUUGCUCCAGUGUCUCUACCUUGUCCCAUCCCCAAGCUCGCGUUCACACAGACCCCGGACCGUUGUCUACUACCUCCCAUCUACGACCGCUCACUGAUAGAUCGAGCUGACAACGAUCGCCGGCACCUCUCGUCCGAAUCGGGGCCAAAUACAGAUCGACCGUCAUGACCUCUGCUACGAACCCGACCCCCAAACUGCGCAUCGGAUAUGGUACGUCCAGGGUCACUCUCGCACGUGCUCCUCUGUUUCGUCGUCCCGACCACUGACGCGAGUUCGCCUCUCCGCCGUCCACGCUCGCAGUGCCCGAACAUUUCUCCUCCCCUCUACUCCAACUCGCCGCUCGCGAGCCCAGUAUCGAACUCGUCUCAUGUCCCAGUACGCAACCCCCCAACCCCGUGCACCUUCCCCCGCCACUGACCUGCCCCGCCCGACUGCUGCUCAGGUGGAACGGGCCAAAUCAUGACCGCCCUGAAGGAGGGCCACAUCCACCUCGCCAUCGCCUUGACCGAAGCCUUGACCGCAGGGAUCGUCCACAAAAAGGCAGAGUACAAGAUCGUGGGCACCUACGUCACCUCGUACGUACUUGUCCACUCUGCGCUGGCAGCGAGAGCAUCGGCAGCUGAAUAUUUUGAGACCAUACGCCUUUUGCCUUCAAGUCCGUUGAAUUGGGCUGUCGCGGUCGGAAAGGAGAGCAAGUAUCAGACCUUGCAGGACCUCAAAGGGGAAAAGAUUGGCAUUUCGAGGAUCGGAAGGUCAGUUUGGGAAAGAAGCGUUCACCUCCCUUGGGGUGAAACGAGAGCUGAUCUCGGAAUGGAUCUCUGUGCGUUCGAAUCUGCAGUGGGAGUCAGGUCAUGGCUUCCUACAGUAAGCUUUCGAACCAUCCUCGUACAGGCUAUCAGAAAGAUGAACUGAACCCAUCUUGCUUCGUUUCUGCUCAGUGGCACUGCAACAAGGGUGGGUCGACGCCGACGGCAAAGUUGAACCCCUCCAAUUCGAAGGUCAGUCACCAUGCGCAUGGUCAACAUCGGAGUCACAGUCAUCUGACCGACCAUAUCCCAUCUUUCCGUAUCGUUCCAGUCCUCGAUACCUUCAAGGUCAGUUUCCAAUCCGGGGGUGCCUGUGAUCGGCUCUCAAUCUGACCGCCCGGCCCCCGGCCUCCAUCGCAGAACCUCCGAGACGGCGUCAACUCGGGCAAAGCCGCAGCAUUCGUGAGGCCCACACCCCACACCCCACACCACGCUACUCCACCUGACGCUGAUCACCACCCCCUUCCUCUCUCCAUCCAGAUGUGGGAGCACUUCACGACCAAACCCUACCUCUCUGAGCUGCGCUUCAUCUCGCACGUCCCGACCCCCUGGGCCUCAUGGAUCAUAGUCGCCUCUUCCGGCGUCCUCUCUACUCCCUCCCAAAAAACCCACCUUAUCUCCUUCCUCAAAGACCUCACCCUUUCCGUCGAGGACUUUGAUUCCGAGGCUUCGAGGAAAGGGAAGAGUAAGGAAUUCGUGAUGAACCAGUUCGGCUACCCAGAGGUCGAUGUGGUCAGUUGGCUGGAGGGGGUGAGCUACCCCAAGAACGGGGUGCAGAAGGUCGAAAGGAAGACGAUGCAAUUGACGCUCGAGUGAGUACGAGUUUUCGAGCUGUGACUGAACAGGGUGCGGAAAAAACUGAUUCGCUCUCACUUUCUGGCUUCAUAGGACUCUGGAACAAGCGGGCGUUUUGGAACCCCCUGCGAAUGGACAGGGGUGGGAUCUCGAGGACUUUGUCGAUACGAGUGUCGCUCAAUUGGUCUAA